UUAUGGACCUUGAGUUGUGACCGGUAAACCUUCCUCCUGCUUUCCCCUCCCCUUCUUCUCGAUCUCUCGCGCACCUGUUUCUCCUCCAGCUUACAAGUUACUACUACAGACCCACAAGCACAAUUCCCCCCAGCUUUCACUCUUGGAUUCAAAUACCAGCGGAGCUGCUAGCUAGUCGAUCGAUAUCAAGCAUGCAUGUACUACGUACAUGUGCUUAUUAAUCACCCUGUCGAUUCCUUCUAGCUAGUUGCAUAAAAUAGUGCUGUUAGAUCUCGAUCCUGUUUCAUGGUACAUACAUGGAACACAGAUUUUAAUUUCCCUGCCCUUUCUUCCAGCUCCAGAUGGUUUCUAGCCAGCUAGCUAAAUACAAAUCCCUCGACUGAAAUAUUCCCUGUACGUACGUACUUGAUGAAUCAAUCAAGCUCUCUCCAUUCUCCGUCUCCCUCGGUUUCCCCUUUGAUACGCGUUCCCAAAGUUCUAUUGGCAUAGGGAAAGCACGUGUAUGUAGCUGUAGGUUGUAUCUCCGAUUCGGGCGAGCGAGUGCACGGCCCUCUAUAUAUGCCUUGUACAAGCACCAAAUCCGCUCCUCAAACUGCUGGACGUGUACUAGCUCUGCCUCUUUGCUCUUUUCUAAUCAUCGCCGCAGCGCCGCAAAUUUGUUGCCUUCCAUUCCACCCACCUCGCGACCCCCCUACAUGAUGCAGUUCACCCAUGCUGCAGUGACUGCACCGCCUCUCUACCCUAAUGGGCACCACGGGCUAGGGCUAGGGCUCUUCCUUGACGUCGGCGCGCCGAGGGCACGCCCGUGGCCGGCUGCCGGGAGCUUGUUCCCGACGCUGCCGCCCUCCUCCAAGAUCUCCCUGGGGAACCUCAACAGCGCCGGCUGCAUGGAGCAGCUUCUGGUGCACUGCGCCAACGCCAUCGAGGCCAACGACGCCACGCUCACGCAGCAGAUCCUCUGGGUGCUCAACAACAUCGCCCCCGCCGACGGGGACUCCAACCAGCGGCUCACCGCGGCGUUCCUCUGCGCGCUCGUCGCGCGCGCUUCCAGGACGGGGGCCUGCAAGGCGGUGACCGCGGCCGUGGCCGCCGCGGUCGAGUCGGCCGCGCUCCACCUGCACCGCUUCACGGCCGUCGAGCUCGCCAGCUUCGUCGACCUCACGCCGUGGCACCGGUUCGGCUACAUGGCCGCCAACCACGCCAUCCUUGAGGCCGUGGAGGGCUUCUCCGUCGUGCACGUCGUCGACCUCAGCACGACGCACUGCAUGCAGAUGCCGACCCUCAUCGACAUGCUCGCCAGCCGCGCCGAGGGGCCCCCGAUACUCCGGCUCACCGUCGCUGAUGUCGGGUGCAGCGGGCCACCGCCGGCGCUCGACAUGUCCUACGACGAGCUCGGCGCGAAGCUUGUCAACUUCGCGCGAUCCCGCAACGUGACAAUGGACUUCCGGAUGGUGCCCACCUCGCCGGCCGACGCCUUGACUUCCUUAGUCGACCAGCUCCGGGUGCAGCAGCUGGUCUCGGACGGCACCGAGGCGCUCAUCGUCAACUGCCACAUGCUGCUGCACACCGUGCCCGACGAGACGGCCGGGUCGGUGAGCCUGACACAGUCGGUCUCGCUCCGGACCAUGCUCCUCAAGUCCAUCCGAACCCUCGACCCAACGCUGGUCGUCGUGGCCGAAGAGGAUGCCGACUUCACGGCGGGGGACGUGGUGGGGAGGCUCCGGGCGGCGUUCAACUUCCUGUGGAUCCCGUACGACGCCGUGGACACCUUCCUGCCCAAGGGGAGCGAGCAGCGGCGGUGGUACGAGGCGGAGGUCGGGUGGAAGGUGGAGAACGUUCUGGCGCAGGAAGGGGUGGACAGGGUGGAGCGGCAGGAGGACCGGGCGAGGUGGGGGCAAAGGAUGCGCGGCGCGGGGUUCCGGGCGGUGGCGUUCGGCGAGGAGGCGGCCGGGGAGAUAAGGACAAUGUUGAACGAGCACGCGGCCGGGUGGGGGAUGAAGCGGGAGGACGACGACCUCAUGCUCACGUGGAAGGGGCACAACGUUGUUUUCGCCUCAGCGUGGGCACCGUCGUGAGCUAGGCGACGUGCGGGAUGCAUUGUGAUUGACAAGGUAAGUGAGUGUGUAGGUGUAUGCCCGCAUUGCUUGCAUGGAUAAUGUGGUUUAGGGUUGGUUUCUGUGCAUGUUCAUUAUAUGAAAGAUGGUCCUGUUAAAUUAGUUUUUACUACUAGCUGAUUCACUGCAGAGAAUUGAUCAGUUUGAUCAUUGUAAUGAUAGGCUCUUACAAAUACACCGUAGAAGAAUGAACAAAGGGAACCUUGGAUCAUUAUGGAUCCCACUCAUGAAAAAUGUAGAAUGUGGUGUUCUUGAAAAAUAUGUAGAAUGAUCUUUAUACCGAGAACAUGAUAAGAUUUCAUUU